AAAACUGUUAAUUUUAUUAAAAACGUGUUUUCAACUUUGACGUUGCCUUCAGGUGCACGUUAUGUGUCACAUGCAUCACCGCCACCGGUGAAGAACUUUACUACAAUCACGUUUUACACGGACUCGAAGACUUGGAAUGAUGCAGCUCGGAUAUGUGCAGACCAUGGCGGGAAACUGUUGGACAUUACCUAUUAUUCUUUUUUCAACAUAAUAUUAUCGCUGACGUUCGAGGACCCAUGGAAGGAUUUGCUAAUUGGAAAUGGGCUUGCGGCUUGGAUUUCCCUUCACAGACGUGUGACCCCACUUGGUGAUAAUUUCUACAGCAAAGACUGCCAAAGAUUGUCUGAUUUCCAAGUUGCAUAUUGGAACACCAGCAGCCCUUACUCUGUGAUGAGUGGAGAUGCAACAUCCUACUGUGUAUAUGAUCAAAUAUAUGUAACAACGAUCAAUGAGGUAACAACUGCCAAACAUGGCUAUACACGUGCACAUUGUGAUGAACUGCAUCAGUUCUACUGUAUGUCAGAAAGUGGUAAGUUAUAAAGUAAUAAAAAAGAUGUUUUAGAAAAACACAUCAGCUGUCAUCAUCUGCUGAUUGUGCUGGUGGAGCCGUCAAUGUAUUAGUGUACCUUG